AUGACGACCACACUGCAACUGGAUCCUCUCGAGAAACAGCUCAAGAAGCUGCUCCUUGAUGCAGCUGCCUACAUUGAUAAGGCUGAGGACAAGAAGGAGGUAGAUCAGCAACUCGUUCUGAGAUGGGCAGGUGGCUGGGUUCGCGACAAGCUCUUAGGCCAGCAGAGCCACGACAUUGAUGUCGCCAUCAACUGCAUGACUGGGGAGGUUUUUGGCAACAAGCUGCGCGACUUCUGCGAUGUGCCCCAAAACAGGGAGAAGCACAACCUGCGCAAGGAAGACCUAGGGAAUCUGCACAAGAUUGCCAAGAACCCAGAGAAGUCAAAAAAUCUGGAGACAGCCACGGUCAAGAUAUUUGGCCUGGAUGUUGAUUUUGUCAAUCUACGCACUGAGACGUACGCUGAAGACAGUCGUAACCCUCAGAUGGAUUUUGGCACAGCACAGGAGGACGCCAGCAGACGCGAUGCGACAGUGAACGCGCUCUUCUACAACAUACAUACGGACGAGGUGGAAGACUUUGUUGGUGGUCUGGAGGACAUGCAGAGGAGAGUCAUACGCACGCCACUGGAGCCUUUUCAAACUUUUAUGGAUGACCCUCUACGUGUGCUCAGACUUGUGCGUUUUGCGAGUCGUCUUGGAUUCACCAUCGAGCCUCCUGUGAAGGAGUACAUGGGCAAUGAGAAGGUUCUCAGCGCGCUCCGGGCCAAAAUCAGCCGUGAGAGGGUCGGUGUGGAGGUCGAGAAGAUGCUAAAGGGAGAGCACCCUCGAGACGCGGUUCGCUACAUCCAUGAACUCGGGUUGUAUUAUACAGUCUUUACGGACCCCGCAAAGGCUGAUAUGCCUGAGCCUAGUCUGGAAAGCUGGAGCGAUACCUAUGAUUUCCUUAACAACCUCGCGACAAACCCCUUGUACGACAUUCUCAUCACAUCAGACGAGGAACGCUACUUGGCCUGGGUCCUUGCGUGCGUGGUCCCAUUUAGUAGGAUUCCCUUCGACAACUCGUUCGCGGGUCUCAAAAAGAACCCGCCCGCUGCAACGCUGGCCGCACGUGAGGGCAUCAAGGCUCCAAAUAAGCUCACGGAACUCGUCACAGCCGCUGUGCGGCAUCGUGAGGAGAUUAUUGAACUUAAAAAGACCGUCAUUUCCAGAGGCGAGCGUAUGAACGAGAGGGACUACCUGGGUAUGCCGAUCCGCAGAUGGGAGGCCCAAGGGAAACACUGGCGCUUGCAAGUUCUCUUUGCCAUUCUCGAUGAUGUGAUGAGUCGUGCGCAGGACUCAUCCCAGGACGAUCUCAACCCCACGCUCGACGCUGUCCGGGAGAGCUGGCGGGUCUUCAUGGAACACAUUCAGAGCCUGGAUCUCUUAGAUGCGCCGUCUAUCAAGCCGCUGGUUGAUGGGCGUCAGCUCUCAAAGGCACUAGGAAUCAAGCCCGGCAAGUGGAUGUCGUCCGCGCUGGACGUCUGCGUGGCGUGGCAGCUGCGAAAUCCCAAGGAGACCGAUCCAGCUGGGGCGAUUGACGAAGUGCGGCGGCGCGAAGGUGAGCUUGGUAUCGCAGAGCUGCUGAAAUAAUGACCUAUACCGGUCUUCUGCCUACUCUGCAUGAUUUAAGAUGACCAGGGCAAAACUGGGAGGAUGGUUAUAACUUAGAUACCCAAUAAACUUCAGAAAACUGGG